GAUUUACACUUAUGAUUUAAAUAAAUACUUAGUUCUGGAUUUACAGAUCCAAUUCUAAUACUUAUUAUAUAAAAAUAAAAAUAUUUAAGUUGCUAAACAAUGUUGUAAAUGUGCAACAAAAAAAAAGGGUAAAAAUUUCACACCACGUUUUUAACACUGUGUGGCGCUAAAUGUGAGAAAAUGUCGUAAUUUUCAGCAUGAUCUGCUAUACAAACGGCGCCCCAUACUAACCUACGUUACAUCCAGGUGUCUGUUCUCCCGUUUAAUCUCAUCUACUUUCAAACAUUUUAAGAAUGACCAAGUAUAUAACAGUCAUGCGUUUAAUUUUACAGUAGGCUGAAAUAUGUGCGGCUGAAAAUGUACAGUUGUUUGGCUGAGGUUUUGUAACGAUUUGACGUCAAAGUUGCACCCAAACAAGGCAACUGUACAUCUGCAGUCGUCUUGAUGUGUUUUGAGUGACUACUUGAAAUACGCAAUACUGACACCUGCAGGACGUAGACAGAACUAUAUUUAGCAAAAGCUCGUACUUGUUGCCUUAAUUUGGUUUUCCCAUCGCGGUGUCGCUUACAGUGCUGGGUAGUGACGUCACUGGUCAGGGUGCACUAAAUUGACACUCACAGCUUAGGCGUCGUCCUUAAUCUUUGUACAAAAGAUGACGUCAUUGGCGAGCACGCGACGUCCGUCUGUGGUCACCCAUGAAUCGCCGUGACGUCACACUGUGAAUUUGAGUGCGCGAUUUCUCUUCCUGUGUUGUAGUCCUCUUGUCACUCAGCUUCUGGAAAAGGAAUACACAAUUGUAUUUUUUUUUUAAAUCUAUUUCAAAUUCUGCUAAACUGUAAAGAGCUCCUGCUGUGUUUACUGGCUACACAGAAUCCAUUUCGGACUGUCAGGCAAAUUACUAUAAAUGAGGAAAAUUUGAGUCAACAGAACUUAGGUCUUCCCGGAAACUGAAAUUUCUAGCGAGGAUUUGACUUUUUAGUGACCCAUCGUCUGGGGGCGUCAUCAAACAGAUGACGUCGUUGAACCUGUGACAUCACUUCCCAGCCACCCUGAGAUGGAGGUCGACUAUUUCCCAAAGGAAGUCAUUUUGGAGCUGGUGAAAUCCAGCUUCGAGCAGAUCUCCGCAGCCCAGUGGGCUCUGCUGGUGGCGGGAACCCCCGACUCGGAGACCAAGGCCAUCAUCGCCGACACCAUCAGCGAUGUGAUCCAGAGGAUAUCCUCUGACGUGGUGAGGCACCUGUUGCCCGCCAUCAGUGAGCACCUGCAUGGACAUUACUCGCAAUCACAGAUGAGUAACGCAAUCGACCGGUGUAGUCCGAAGCUGAGCGAGUGUCUCACCGAGACCUUCGCAGCCGCACUGGAUCUUCCGCCGCAGAAGUACGAGGGUGCGGGGGAACUCACCACACUAGUGGAGUCAGAGGUGAAGCACCGUGUCACGUCGGCCUUGUCCGUGGCCCAGAACUCCUCCGAGUGGCCGUCGGACCCCACCCUCUUCAUCCGCGGCACCAUGUCCAGCGUUGGCAACCUGUCUUCCAUCUUCCGUAAGGCCGUGGAGUAUUUAAGGCAGGUGUUCGCCCGGGCGCGCACACCGUGCGUGGUUCUAUGCGGCCGCUCAGGCAUGAAAGCCAGCGACAUGACGGACGCUGUCUGCGGAAUCCUCUUGAAGUGGUCUCGUGCUAAUAAGUCCCUCAUGAGGCGUGACAAAAAAAUCGACGUGGAAAAACUGGAUCAUAGUUCCGACGAGGAGGGCUCAGAGCAAAGAGUUAGCAAAUACUCUGACUCUCAAGACGUUGAGAGUGCUAAAAUGGCCGCGCUUGACAUCACUAGGAGCAUCAUCCAGAAACCCGUCAGCAGCUCUGGUGAUCGCUCGGAAAGUCGUCUAACCCGCUUCAACCUCAACCUAAAGCUCAUCUCCAACAAGGUCAAGAAUUUCUUUAAGUCGCAGGAGAAAGUCAGCCCGGAUGGCGAUGUCAAACGGCGCAGAUUUCACUUCUUCAGGUUUGCGCGUAUGCAGUUUGGGCGAAUGUUGGGAGGACUUAAGCGCGCAUUCAAGAAUCAAGAAGGGUGUCUGGUUUCGCUCAGAUCAGAUAAGCCAAAGUCCCCAAGAGGGGACUCCAAAGGCACCUUCAGGAGCAGCACGUUACAUGUCCGACCAUCGCAGAAUCCCAAGUUUGAAUUCGAGGCCAUCCAAGACAUGGUGUCUAAGUUGUUUGAAGAGCUCAGCAAAAUGGAGCCGGAAGCUCGCAGAGCCAUAAUCCAGCGCUACAUGGAUGAGAAGCUGCAGAGCUUUUCCCAAGAUCUCACUUCCCGCCUGUAUGAAUACAUCAUGUCCACUCAAAGCGAAGUAUACGAGGUGCCCUCAAGCCGCUCCAACACGCCUUUCGUGGAUUCGGUGCUCUGGGGACGGCGGGGGAAGAAGCACUGGGACGGCGGGCAGAAGUUUUCUCCGGAGGUCCUGUACGCCAUGACCGAGGACGCGGCCUGGAAGUUUCUUCAGCAGUUGCUUCUCUGGAUAGAGACAGAGCCGCAAGGCGAGGAGGUGUACGCCGACGAGGUGUCCGGCGCGGUCGGCGAGAUCAACCAGCUGGUCGUCACCGCCCUGAACACGGCGGAAGAUUUGGAGGAAGAACUCGACACAGAAACUCCCUUUAAUGAAACCUUAAAUUCCGAAAGCCUAAAUCGGUCUUCGUGUGUUACUGAGAGCUGCGUGAGAUCCUCCAAAAUCUCAGACGAGGAACCGCUGUCCUUGAACGAUUUGAGUGAGGUCUUGGCUUUUACGCUGACUACCCAGCUGGGCCAGCGCCUUCCCAGGAAUUGCAAGAGGAAUCUGAGGCCGAAUGACUUGAUGGAGGCAGUACAGCGUCUGUCGUCCAUGGCCCUGAGAGAGAUCAACCCGGGGGAGAUGCACAACAUCGAGACGCUGGCCAACCUAGAGGAAGUGAUUGUACCCGUGGUGACAAAUCUCCUGGCUGAGUUCAACACACCGGAAGAACUGGUGGAGGCCGUGACAUCCAACGAUAAAGUUUUUGACAAUGCGGUCAUCAAACACCUCUCGUUCCAACUAAAAGCCCCCAAAGCAACACCUAAGGGCGGCGCUUUUUCAUGCUGCUAUCCAUGUCGCUGAUCCCAUCGGAAGUAUCGAUCAUGUAUUUCACAUGGAUCGACUAUCACAAACUGCAACAUCCCAGGUGGAGCCAUGAACCAAAGUACCGCAUCAAUAGUUCCACCGGAGGUACUAUUUCAGCAUUUUAGCAUGUACAUAGAUUGCGUUCUAAGUGACCUCAAUGCUUACUUCAAACCUGAAAGAGCAAUUUAAAAGAUGUUUUUUUUUAAAAACUAAAUGAAUCAAACCUGGAUUCUUCAACUGUUUUAUUGAUCCAUACAUAAGUCCAUUCUACUCAGACCCUGCAUAGCUUCAGAGGAAAGUUCUCCGUGAUCAGGUGGUCGUCAUGGAGCACUGUGACGAUGUUGAUUUCAAACUCUGCGAGGAAAGAAACAAAAGACUUAGCUCACUGCAUAAACUAGACGAUGCUGAUGUACUACAAAGUGCAUGAUUCUAAUUAUGAAUCUCACUGAAAAUGGUAUGGAUUUGUUUCUCUUGUAUUCCCAUACUUAGUGGGAACGUUGGUUACUUUUGAAAUUCCAGCUAUGUGAAAUGUAAUAAAUAGACUAUAUAAACAUACAGUUAACUUAUUUUUUAGUCUUUUAUGUGAAAGGUUAAAAGAUUGCUGACUGACUUUUGAACAGAUGAUUUCUAUGGGGAAAUUAGUUUCAAAGAGGAGUACAUGGAGUAUGUGCCAUGCUAAUAAGUUUAUUGAGAGUCCGCCACAACAGUGAGAAAAGAAUGCAAUGCAUUGAGUGAUCUGUAAAUAAAUUAUAUU